GGUCUAAUUUUAUAUUGUGUUUCUCAGCAAUAUAUUGUAUCUUUAUGAAAUUUCUUUUUAUUAAUGGGCGUGUUUUAGUCCCAUUGAACACCUUACAAAUUAUUUGUUAGCUAGUAAAACCUAGAAUGAUCUUUUGGAUGUGGCAUUUAAAAAUACCCACUUGCAUUUUUAUUUAACUAGAAAUGCACACCACUUUUCUUUGCUUAAUUAUCUUGCCUGUUGGUCUGCUUCACUGAUCACUACCCAUGACGUUAUUCCAUCUGUUCCUGCUUCUUACCUCGCUCCCUUCAGGCGGAGUGUUUCCCAGUGAUGUCGCAGCCAACAUGAUGGCCGUGACAUUUCUUUUUUUAUUUCAUUUAGGGUUCCUUCCCGCCCCGGAGAAGCUUCAUGUUCACAUAACAUGUGGGUUAUGUGAUCAUGAAGCUGGGUGCUGAAGCGCUGGCUUCGGACCUGUCUUCUGGCCUUAACAUCCAGACCACUGGACCUCUUCGACCAUCUCGCCGGAGCACUACCAGGACAGUGGUUUAUUAUAAAAAAAAAAAAAUUGUUUUAUUACUCAUAAUCUGUUAACGCACUACGGGUCCUAAACCCACAAAUACCUAAUAAUCUUCAUUUUUUCUAAGCAUUACAAGAAUUUAAAAAUUUUUGUCAGCUACAGAAAAAGCUUACAUCGAUAGCAAUUUAAUUUAUUCAACAGUAACAUAACUGAAAACUUACUGAAUAGUUUCAUAAUUCUUAUUAUCCAAGAAGGUUUUGCAUAUUUAUUGGAUUUUUAUGAAUAAAAAAUAAAACUAAGUCGACUUAUCAGAGUUUUUAAUCGCUACAGAGACUGGAAAUAGUUUAUAUUCUCCAAAGUUUAAUUAUUCAAGAAAUUAUGUAAGUAAAUUUGAAUUAGAAGAACCACGACAGCCAGAAUAAGCCAACAAGGCUAAUACUUUUUAUACUACUCUCCUAUGGAUUUUGGGAUUACUAAUACUACUUUUUUAUCUUCAUCAAGAGAAACUACCGACUAUAAACUAACAGUAAAGUCUACAUAUAUUAUGUAGAAUGCGAAUGAAUGUCCAAAACAAGGACGGUCGUAAACUACAAGUAAUUGACGAAAAUGUGAACACAAACCAACCUUUAUUUUAUAUGACGCUCCGAAAAACAUUAGUUCUAUACAAAAAAAUAUUUAAACAUAUCCUUGAUAUCCUCGCUGAGAUUCGAGUGGACCUAUCCAUAGGUAUCUUACUUAUUUAUUGGUCUCACAAUAGAUCGGUAUUGUUCCUAAAUUUCUAGAAGUGUAACUAUUUUAUAAUAGAUAUAUAAGCUGAUUAAUUACAUCUAAGUAAAUACAAUGAAACAGAUUGAGAUAAAACUAUUUGUUUUACGAUGAGACAUACAUAUGAUCUACAAUAUCUUCGUCAGUAAUAGGCCGCUUCUGAUGAUUAUUUCUAUAAAUAUGUGAGUUUCUUUAUAAACGUCUGUGUGGGGUCGGUGCAGUGUGUCUUAGUCCCUAUUUCUAGCCUAUGCGAAAUUGGUGUAUGUUCUUUUCUUCUACUACUUAUGGCUGUCACACAAUCAAUGCAUCUUUUCUCAAGUCUAUCUCUUGCUCAACAUUCAUCGAUAUUCAUAUUUCCAACACCAUCUUAUUUCAUUUCAUCCCAUCUAAUGAACUGGACAUAGAUAUCGAUUGUCCAGACCAGGCGCUUUCCUUUCAGUUUAUUUUGUUUCAGGUACUACUUUCAAACUCCCUCUUACAUAUUCAUUCCUUAGUUUAUAAAUUAUCGUCACUCCACUUAUCCAUCUCAACAGUCUCAUCUUUCAAUAGAGGUAUAAUCUCAAUUUUCUUUCAUUCAUGUUCACCGUCCAACAUUUCGAUCCAUUACGAUAUUUGCGUGUUAUUAAUUAAAAACAGCUUUGGUCACGUACUUCGCCAGCUUUCCUUAUCUUUAUUUUUAGAUAGCCUUAAAAAGUACAUUUAACUACAGGAAACAUGGUACAUUACAAAACAUUAUUUAUAAUCAUAAGACGAUUCGUUUAUAUAGGAAAAAUGAGAAUGAUUUAAAAAUUAAUAAGGUUGAGUAUUUGGUUCUAAAUAUUUUUGCUUGAAUACGCCCUAUUAACAAGUCAAGACUUAAUAAAUUGUCAAUUAGAUUUUAAUGAAACACGUGUAACGUAUUUGAGGUGGGUCCUUUAAUCUCUAAUGUUCGUAUCGAGUUUAAUUUCAAAGAUAUAAUUAACUAAGUUUUAUACAAGAAAUCUUGAGAUAAUUUGAUUAUUUCUUUAAACAUUUAUUUUCAAAACCUUAGGCACAUUUUAUAUACACAUAAACACUUAAUAUCUUAAUUUACAUCAAACGUAGCUGUAGCAUGUAAAGUCUGACAAAGUGCGAGUCGUAUAACAUUGUAAAUAAAGCCUUAGCUCAUUUAAUACGAUACCUAAUCAGGUCUUGCAAAAUUUUCCUGCUAUUUGGAUGUACGUUUUAAGUGUUCCUACAAAAUGUAUCAUUUAGACACGAACAACGAAGUGGUUUAACAAGUGUUCCUAUUUCUUUUUAGAGUAGGGAGCUUGAGAAUAUGUAAUGUAAAUCGCAACCAAGCUUAACUAUACACCCACUCUGUGAUGUACAUAACAGGCACCAGCUCUAUAAAUAGAAACACACGGCAGAAUUUGCCAUAACCACCCACGCAGACUUAGUUCGGUUUUGUGAGUUUCAAUAUUUAUUCCGAAGUACAAAGUAUCUCAAUGUAAAUACAUUUUGUGGGUUGAAUUAUAUCUAGCACCAUGUUAUCGCUUUCAUGUAUUUUUUUCUGUCAUUCAGAACCGCUUUUUGCUAG